CCUGCGGGAGGUGCUGCUGUACGUGGUGGUGGCCCUCAGCAGGGACAACCCCCGCCUCCUCACGCGGCGGUGGUCGCAGCUGAAGGAGGCCCUGAGGGAUGCCCGAGUCACCGCUGACGAUGUGAUGGACUGCGUCGCGCGCUGCCCCGACCUCGCGGGGAUAUUGGUGGACCUUGUCGGGGGCGAGAUCUGGCACGUUCGGCACGGUCGCCAUGUCGCCACAGUGGCUGAAAUGCUCUCGUCCAUCUCGUGUGGUGUCCAUGUUCGUCCAUCUCGUGUGGUGGUGGACAUGAAGGCCGCGGACCUGAGGGGGGCGCCGUGGGGGGAGCUCUUGGAGGCGGCAAAGGGCGUGGAGGUCGAGCUUAGGCUGUCAAGCCCUGACGACUACGAGACCCACGACGACCUCGUCAAGAAGCUGCGCGGCAGCAGGGUGUGGCUGGAGGAGUUCAGCGGCUGCGUGGGCACCUCCGCUGGUGUGGCCGCCCUUGCGUCUGUGGCGAGCUGCGCUGGCCUCACCAUCCGCAUGGCGGCGCCCCUGGACCUCAGCGCCCUCGAGGAAAAAUACAAAAACCUCGUGGUGUACACGCGCCCCCUCUCGCCCCCUGGCCCCCCCUCCUCAACAGAGCCGCCCACCUCCUCCCCGCCAUGGCUGUGCUUGGAGGGGGCGGAUGAGGGGUCCUUGGGGACCGUGGCCCACACCAACGACCCCCUCCCCCCCUAUGACAUGAGAUUGAGCCAGGACGGUAUGGCGGCCGCCCUCGCCUCAUCGGCCCACAGAGCUGGCCUCGACAUCUGGGCGAAGCCCCAGGAGCUCGGCGUCUUUAUGCGGAAAUUCAUGCAGCACUAUAUGAACCCCACGUGGCCGCUGCCCCCCUCCCCCCCACCAGUGCUGGUUGUGGAUGGAGCGGACGAAGGGUCCUGGGGGGCCGUGGCCCACACCGCAAUCUCCCUCGCCCCCCCUCGCAAGAGGUUCAGGGAGCUGUGGCUGCGCGACUGCAGGCUGCGUGAAGAGGAGCUGUCGCGGCUGCAGCAGAAGCUAAGAGAUGAAGGCGUGAGAACGGCCGACGAGGUCGACACGCGCGCUGGUGCUGGCGGGUGA